ACAUGGCUUCUGCUACGGAGUUUAGUUCCGGCAAAACAGUGCUUAUUCUCUCAUUGGUGAUUGGUUGUUUUGCAAUACUAUGGCCAAGAAUAUUUUAUCCAAUGCUUCAGGCAUCGAUCUCAUCUGCCACUGAUGCACCAUACUCGGAAGUUUCAGGUGUAUACCACUCCAGCAUUCUGCCCUGUUGCCACCCGGUGGCCUUCACCAAGGAGCUGAAUGCACUCUACUUCAUGGAGCUAUGCAACCGGCUCAAAUGGCGAGCCGGCCGGCGACAGGCCGACCUCCUCCUGCCGCCGGAGCCGCGUCCCGACAUCUGGACGCCGGGCCUGGCGCGCUGGUGUCGGGACGAGCUGGCGCGCACCUGCGGCACGUUGCUGGACGAGCCAGCGCUCGAGCGCUACCGGCGCGCGGCGCAUCGCCGCGACGACGGCGAUGCGGCCACGGCCAACCUGACUCGCUGCCUGGAGACGAGCUACGAUUUGCGGCGCGAGGAAAUCCGACCGACGCGGCUGCAGCAGCAGGCGGGCACCAAGUACCCGCAGCAGGAGCGGCCGGCCGGCGGCCACCCGAGCCUGCGUGACCCGCCGCACGCGGCAGCCGCCGCCGCCCACAGCCAGACGCAGCACAUGGCCCGCCAGCCGCGCCGCCCCGUCGACAGGAUGGCCAGGCCCCCGGGACCCCAGCCGGGCAUGCGGCCCGGCGGCGGCUACGGCGGCUUCAUCCAGCCGCAGACCAAGGGCAGCGGUGCCAUGGGCAUCAUCAUGCCCAUCUACACCGUCGGCAUCGUCGUAUUCUUCCUCUACACCAUCAUGCGGGACGGAUCAGAUCAUUGA